AUGUCUGUUCCGAAACCUACGGAACUUGCACAUGUCUUUUUGGCCACAGCAAUAGUUUCAAUUAGAAACAACUUUGGUGUAUAUCGGAAAUGUCGAGCUGUGUUGGAUAGUGGCUCGCAGGUAAAUUUUUUUUCGAAGGGAUUUGCUAAGCUGCUCCAACUCCCAUCAAAGAGGACCAUAAUGCCGAUAGGUGGUAUCGGUGCAAGUACAACGCAAUCCACCAGCACAAUAGACGCUCACAUGAAAUCCUGCAUAAAGAACUUUGGUGUUAACAUCAGUUGCUAUAUAUUGCCAGUAAUCGUCGAGGAAUUGCCUUCAGUAACACCACCCAAGAAAGGAUGGCAAAUUCCUGAAGGCUACGCAUCAUUACUAGCUGAUCCCUCGUUCUGCCAAGCAGGACCGAUCGACCUAUUGCUUGGAUGUGGCAUUUUCUUUGAUUUAAUGGAAGCGCAGCGCACCCCACUGGCGUCAGGAACGCUUUGUUUACAGGCAAGUAAACUUGGUUGGUUAGUUACAGGAGGAAUCCAAUCAACCUGUUUACUAAGUAUUGGGGAGUCAUUAGAAGACAGGUGGGGAGGACAAGAAUUUGUAGAGGACAAUGACUAUGGUCGCCUAUCUAAAGCGAACAGAAGAUGCACCGAAGAACAAGAAGCAGCUACACAUUUCCAAGAAACAAUGAAACGUGAUGAGGAAGGACGAUUUGUGCUGCGACUGCCCAUAAAGCACGGAAUUAGCAAUCUUGGUAAGACCCUUGAUAUGGCCACAGCAAGAUUUAUGAGUGUUGAGCGCAGGUUGCAAAGAGACGAGAGCCUUAGAGAUGCGUAUGUUGCAUUCAUGAAGGAAUAUGAAGCCAACGGUCAUAUGGAGGAAGUAGAUAACAUUAGUACCCCCAACCACACGGUUUUAUUUGCCACACCACCCGGUUCUGAAGGAGUCCAGUUUGACUACCAAGUUGAGAGUCGUAUUUGA